GUCAUUUACCUUACUGACUCCCACUUGCCCUUCUGAAUUUCCAAAUCAGUCGAUGUACUAAAGUCCAACAUGACAGCAUCAAAGCCGAGUGCCAACAUGCUUUGGGGAGGCCGCUUCACAGGCGGUCUUGACCCUCUGAUGGUAUCAUACAAUGAGUCAAUCUAUUUCGACCGAGCCAUUUACGCCCAGGACAUCCGAGGCAGCAUAGCAUACGCACGAGCAAACGCCAAGAUCGGUAUUCUGACCCAGGACGAGUUUGAAGCUAUCGAGAAAGGCUUCGGUCAAGUUCUGUCUGAAUGGCAAGACGACAAAUUCGAGAUCAAACCCGGUGUCGACGAGGACAUUCACACUGCUAACGAACGUCGGCUCGGGGAGAUCAUUGGCACACAGAUCGCCGGAAAGCUGCACACAGGCCGAAGCCGCAAUGACCAAGUUGGUACGGGCAUGCGGCUCUGGCUGCGAGAUCAGUUGCGCGAGAUCGAACAGCACCUCAUCGCCUUGUUGCGCGUAACCACUUCUCGAGCUCAAUCAGAGAUCUCCGCCCUGAUGCCAGGGUACACCCACCUGCAGCGGGCACAGCCCAUUCGCUGGUCACAUUGGCUGUUGAGCUAUGGUACCGUCUUCACUUCCGACCUCGAACGUUUGCGAGAAGUUACCAGACGGGUCAAUCGCUCUCCGCUCGGUUCGGGAGCUCUGGUGGGAAACCCGUUCGGCAUCGACCGUGAGGCCAUGGCCAAGGAGCUCGGGUUCGAAAGCAUUAUCAAUAACUCCAUGGCUGCCGUCGGAGACCGAGAUUUCGUGGUCGAGACCCUUCAAUGGGCUGCUACCCUCAUGCAACAUAUCUCCCGAUGGGCCGAGGAUCUGAUCCUGUACUCGACCGCAGAAUUCGGCUUCGUCAGACUCGCCGACGCAUACUCGACAGGAAGCAGUCUGAUGCCCCAGAAGAAGAAUCCUGACUCCCUCGAGCUUCUUCGAGGCAAGAGCGGUCGCGUGUUCGGUUACAUGGCCGGACUAAUGAUGAGCGUCAAGGGCCUUCCAUCGACUUACAACAAGGACUUACAAGAGUCAUUCGAGCCAAUGCUCGAUGGAGUCAAGACGACCGCGGACUCCAUUCAAAUAGCGACAGGCGUCCUGUCCACCUUGACAAUCUUCCCAGAUAAAAUGAAGGCAGCGCUGACACCGGAUAUGCUCGCGACCGACCUUGCCGACUACCUUGUCCGCAAAGGAGUGCCGUUCCGCGAAACUCACCAUAUCAGUGGCCGCGUCGUAGCAUUGGCUGAGCAGGAGGGCAAGCCAAUGGACCAGUUGAGUCUGCAACAACUGCAGGGCGUCGACAGCAGGUUUGGCGACGAUGUCAUGGACGCUUUCAACUACGAGGCGAGUGUGGAAAAGAGGACAGUGUUGGGUGGUACGAGCCGAAAGAGUGUAGAGGAACAGAUCAGUAGGAUUCAGAAGAUGCUCGAAUGAGCUUCAUCGUGUUCGUGGUCGUGUUGAAGGUAGAGUUAGAAGGCACAUGGCAGAGCUUAAAGCGAGCAUCGUGUUUGUCGCGUGGAGAAAGAGUCUCGAUUCUGAUACCAUAAUAAAACAUGUUUCCC